AUGGAAAGGAUGCUGCUUUGGACUGGUUUGGUUGUAUUGCUGCAGCUGCAGCUUGGAAACCCAUCUGAGGACGCCUGGUUUUUGUAUUUUGUUUCUUUGUUUGUUUCAAGCUUGGCUGUUCUGCUGCAGGUACAACUAGGCUCAGCCUAUAAGAUAGUGUGCUAUUUUACCAACUGGUCGCAGUAUCGACCAGAACCAGCCAAGUUCUUCCCCAAGGAUGUGGACCCAUGUCUGUGCACACACCUGAUAUAUGCCUUUGCCACCAUGAAUGACAACAAGAUUGCUCCCUAUGAAUGGAAUGAUAUUGAUGUCCUGUAUACUCAGUUCCAAACCCUGAAAGACUGCAACAGAGAUCUGGUCACUUUGCUGGCUGUUGGUGGCUGGAAUUUUGGCACUCAGAAAUUCACAACCAUGGUCUCCACAGCUGCCAAAAGCAAAAUUUUCAUCUGUUCUGUCAUUGACUUCCUUCGUCAAUAUAUAUGCUUCAUCAAUAUAUAUGCUUUUAUAUAUGCUUCGGGUAUACAGCAUGAUAGUUCAACAUCUCCACUAAAAUUCACCCUCUCUUCUCUCCAGGAAAUGCUACAGGCUUUUGAAGAAGAGGCUAAAGAAAGAGGAAAACCCAGACUGCUGAUCACAGCAGCUGUGUCUGCAGGCAAAGGGACCAUUGAUGCGGGAUAUGAAAUUGCAGAGAUUGGAAAGCUUCUUGAUUUCAUCAGUGUGAUGACCUAUGACUUCCAUCAUGGCUGGGACACGAGUACAAGACACAACAGCCCCCUGCGUGUAGGAUCCAAGGAUCAAGGCGACAUAUGUUCUUUCAACUGUGAAUAUGCCAUGAAGCCCUGGAGAGACAAUGGGGUCCCUUCAGAGAAGCUCAUCAUGGGGUUCCUCACCUAUGGGAGGACUUUCUGGCUCAGCACUUCUGACACCUCAGUGUGCCCAGUCUCUGGAGCAGGGUCAUCUGGUCCUUACACAGGUGAGGCUGGAUUCUGGACUUACUAUGAGAUCUGCACAUUCCUAAGUGAAGUCACAAAUGCCUGGAUAGAAGACCAAAAAGUUCCAUAUGCUUAUAAAAACCCUGAGUGGGUUGGCUAUGACAAUAUUAAAAGCUAUGGAUAUAAGGUUGACUUUCUCAAGGAGAACAGUUUUGGUGGGGCCAUGAUUUGGGCCAUUGAUCUGGAUGACUUCUUAGGCUCCUUCUGCAAUAAGGGCAAAUAUUCACUCACAAUCAAGCUGAAGUCACUCCUGGGCUUGUCCUCAGAAUGCACUCCACCAGCCACCAAGACCUGGUACAACCCACCAGUGACAACCGGAAAUGAAGUUUCCUGUGCCAAUAUCGGUGGAGACAACCCACCAGUGACACCCGGAAGUGAAGGUUUCUGUGCUAAUAUCGGUGGAGACAGCAGCAGUGGUGGAGAAGGUGGUGGUGAUGGGGGCAGUGGAGGAGAUGAAGGUUUCUGUACUGGUAAAGCAGAUGGCAUUUUUAGCAAUCCUAAAGACACCACCAAGUUCCACCAGUGUGUUGGAGGCAAGACCUUCCACUCCCAGUGUGCUCAGGGUCUGGUGUUCCACCAGAACAGCAAGUGUUGUAAUUGGCCUUCAAUUUAA